AGUUGGUUGACAUUGGCGACACGUCCUAAAAAGCAGUCCUCAAACUCCUGCCUCCGCUCGUUCCGUUUUCAGACAGCAAACACCCAUCCGACAGCGGUUGCAAUAGCAAACACCGCACCACCACGGACCACCCACUCUCCUCGUUGAUACACUGCUGAUAUGUCGGCGGGUGCAGCCGUUGAGGUUCCCGCUCCCGGCGCUGAACCUCGUCGCCUGAAAGUGCAGCAGUCGCAGCCAUCCUGCCCACCCUAACCAGCCAGAAAGACAUCUUGAGCGCCAAGUUCAAACAAUUCAAAACGGAUAUCACCGCCAAUGCCGAAACGUUGAAGGAGCCCGCUCGAGGCGUGAAAUUGACGAGCUACGAAGACCUCAUGUCGUCUCACAGCGCACUCUCAAGCGUCAUCAUCCACGAAGGGAUGGACGAUAUUGAGGAGACCAUAUCGGACCUCAUUGAGCAAGGAAGGCUUCAAUCCGAAGCUCUACAGGCAGCUGCCGACGCGCUGGCGGAACGAGAAAAGAAGUGGGUUGAAAAGCGAAGUCAUACAAUGAUGGUCUCCACGCAAAACAUAAAGAAGGUCAAGUUUGACGUCGGCGGCAGGAUCUUCUCGAUCAGUCUCGAUGCUUUGCUAGCCUGCAAAGGUUUAAUGUUCGAGUCGCUCUUCUCGGAAGGCUGGGGCCCGCAGGCUGGCUACGACGGCACCAUAUUCAUCGACAGGGACCCGGCCGCAUACGAAUUCAUAUUCAACUACCUUCGCGCACAGGCAACAGGGACAAAGCUGCCCAUUCCGCAGGACUCUCUCGCUCGUGAGGCCCUGAAGAAGGAGGCCGACUUCCUUUGCCUUGCCGAUCUCACCGAAGCCUUGAAAACGCCUCCUCCCUCGAAAACGCCUCCUCGCUCGAACAAGCCUCCUUCCUUGCCUUUGGGGGCAAAGAGAACGGCAUGUUGCCCGCAGUGUCAUCAUCCAAAUGACUACUUUUACGGGAUCGGAACUUGGAAUCCUCAUCUGAACUACUACAUUUGCAACCAGUGCGACCUGAAAUUCAACGUCAUCCAGCACCAAAUCGCAGAAAGAGUUCUGACCUGAGACGGGCAUUGAAUGGGGCAAAAGGUCUUUGAGGUCCGAGAAGUGAGGCGGGCCGCCUAUUAUUCAUUUGUCGGCAUGUGCUGUGUCUAAUUGUAGUGUAGCGGCGUAUCAUCGUUCUAUGUGGUUCCCAA